AUGGCACCUACUUCCUGGAGAAGGGGACCAGUAUGUGGUGUUGAUAAUUGUAGAUCUCGACUAUAUAGAUAUAAUGAUGGGUUAACUAUAUGUCAAUUUGGUCAUGUUAUGGAAGGUGGAAUUGAGAUCAACGAUGAUCAAGAUCAAGCCCAAAUCACAACUAGAAGAUUAAAUUUAUUGAAUGUUGACGAAAGAGGAUCUUUCACUAGUACUUCUAUGUCUCAAUCCCAGAGUUCACUUUCUAGAACAAAAGAUAAUCGUUUAUAUGGUCAUGAAGCCAAAGAGUUGCUAUAUCGAUGUUUCCAAGUCUUACUUAAGAAGCAACUAGAAAAUAUCAUGAGAUUGUAUUUCACGGACUCAAUACGAGAAGACUUGGAAUUAAUUGUCAAGACAAAUUGGAUAAAAGUUAUACUGAAAGAAAUUGAACAUGAAGGUAAUUCAAAGUUUAAAAAGUUAUAUCAUUUGGAUUUGAUUGCAAUAAUAUAUAUAUCAGUAUUACAAAUACGAUUUCAACCUAUUUAUACAUAUGAACUCCUUGAUUACAUCAAAACAAAUCAAAUUCCGUAUAUACGAUGUUUGCAUCUCAUACCGAGUUCAUUAUUAAGCAAAUUGCCUAAUGAGCAUUUAUUAAGAUUGCAAGCAACUUCAUUACCUCUAUCAAAUGAGUUCUAUUAUUGUAUUCAAGAAAUGAUGAAAAGAUUAUAUAAUGAUGAAAAAGUGAUAUCGAUUCCUGUAAAUUAUUAUUAUCCAUAUGCUUUCAAACUAUUGACACAAGAAUUAUUACUUCCAAAUGCUAUUGAUUUGUUUAAUACUUUUGUUACUUUAACAAAGAAAUUUUACAAUGAUGGUCAAAUUGCAAUUCGAUUCAAUGAAACAAAGUCGAAACAUUUGAUUUAUUUUCCAGAGGUUAUAUUAUCCAGUAUGAUAAUUUUCAUAAUUAAAUUAAGUAUAAUUUCAAAGUUUAAAUUAUUUCCUUAUCAAAUCAACUUCAAAAAUUGGUAUAAACACCUUACCAAAUACGAAGCUAAUAAUGAGUUCCUUAAUUAUUCAGAGUCAUCUAAUGUAAAUGAUUUGAUUGAAUGGUCUGAUGAUAAGAUUGAUAAGUAUUGUGAUUGGGUAUAUGAGCAAUUGAUACCUAAGAAAAAUAAGACUUAUACUACUCAUCAAAGUAAUACACAAGAGCUAGAGGAAGAGAAAGAUUUACCAGAAUUGACAACUAUGGAGAAAAGGUUAUUUCAAAUUUUCAAUGUUGAGGAGAGUUCCGGAGGAUCUGGAUCUGAGUCGGAACCACCAUCUAGAUCUUCUUCGCGAUCGCCCGUACCAAGGGAAAUACAGAAAGAAGAAACAAUCAAUAUGAAUGACGUUUUAAUGAGUGCAGCAAUAGUUAGUAGUAACGUCAAGGGUAAAAGGAAGAGAACACUGGUUGAGGAAAUGAAAGAUUUGAAUAAAAAAUUAGUUAGUAAAAUUUCUGUAGUUUUAGGAAUUACCCAGUCUACGCUAUCGAAGUCUAUAUUACAAGCGGAAACUGAUAUAGAGAAUGGUUUAAUGAGUUAA